ACAAGGAAGGUUUAGUGGACAGCUGAUGUCACUGAUGACAUGUACUUGUAAUACAAUAGAAAAGGUAUUAUGGGCUUACUGCGUGUACUUUGAAAAAAAUCAAAUUACGACCCUUAGCGAUAAACGUGGAAUACAUAAAGUGACUUGCUGUGUGUAUGAGGGUGCGUCUUUCAGGUUCGUUAGUGCAAUGUUGGUUGGCGGUCACGGUGAAUCUAACCCAAAUACAACGUGGCUCCAGAGCCGAGGAUUAUGGAUAAGUUACGCACUUGGGGUAUUAACUCUCCACCUCAUUUUACUUAGCAUUCCUAUACUAAGUGUUGCACUGUCAUGGACUCUGACAAACCUCAUACAUAAUGCAUGCCAUUUUGUGUUCCUACACAUCUUGAAAGGGGCACCGUGGAUUCCCCAGGACCAAGGAGACUGCAGGAUACUCACUCACUGGGAGCAAAUAGAUUAUGGGCAACAGUUUACAGCCACUCGCAAGUUCCUAACAGUUGUUCCCAUUGUACUUUUUCUUCUGACAAGCUUCUACACGAGAUACGCUACAAGCCACUUCAUAGUUAAUUUUAUUUCCAUGGUAUUAGUAGUUCUACCUAAGCUGCCACAGUUUCACCGGGUGAGGCUGUUUGGCAUUAACAAAUACUGAGACUGAACUUUCUACAGAAUACACAGGGUACCUGAAGAGUGGCCCUUGCUCUGCACACAAUGCAACUUUUUAUAAUGAAGAUUUGCAAUCGUCAGGCAUUAUGGGAGUUUUUAAUCACAAAACUGACAAAUGUUUGUACGUCUUUGUUAUCUGUGUUAUCAGGUAUUGGAAAUGAGAAUUUGACAUAUUUUGUUGUGUAGUGUAAAUAAGGUAUUGGUAUUCUGCGAUGUCAUGUGCAAUGUAGUUUGGUAGGCGAGUACAGAUGUUAGGGGGAACAUGAUAUCUCCAUCAUCAGGGCAGACAGGUGAGCCAAGCAGGGAAAAGUAGUACAUAAUAUAGUGAAAGGAGGACAGGGUUUAUGAUUACUGAGCCCAUAGUGUCACAUCUCAUACUACUGUAUAUAAUUUCAACAUUCACCACUGUCAGAACACUGAAGGCCACAUUGUACAGUCAAGCAUUUGUUGAAUUAAACAGAUUUAAAUAAAAUUCUUGUACUAAAUAAUAAGCUUUUAUACUCCCCAAGAGUGUACCAGUUUUCAUCAACCUCGGGGGUUUUUUUUUUGUUUCUUUUCAGGAUGUAUUAAAAUGCAGGAAUAUAAAAACCAGGUCAGUGUACUGACAUUAUACAUCAAUGUAUAAGUCUUAUGUUACUGAGAAUUGUUUCCAGUGUUACACAGAACUGAAGUUUUAACAGUCUGGUCAGAUUGUGCCCUUGUAGUGUAGAAGUAACAGUGGAUGUCAUUAGUCAGUAAAAAGGAGUUUUAAUGAGGUUCCCCCUUCAGAAAGGAAAUUAUUUAUUAAACACACACAUUAACAGUAAAUUGAAGCUGGAUUUUUCGACUUGAAUUUUAUAAAAAGUCAGGACAAUUUAAACUCACUGUGUAACAUUUAUGCCAGGAAUUUUUAACUGUAGAUCAUAUUUGAUACAAAUGUGUUCCAAAUUGUUUGGCUGCGUACAGAAUGUGUUGAGAGAAGUUGACAUGGUGUGGUCAGUUUGUAUGUAGUCUAAAUCCAGUCCUACAGACAUAAUACAAAGAGAAAGUUGCCAGAAUUUUUAUAUUGUUUACAUAUUUAGAUCUUGUUGUUUAGACAAAAGAAAAAUAUUAAGAAUGAUUUCACAGAUGACACAUUUCUUCUACAAUUUGGUUGCUAUAUAGAUUGGUGAAGAAAAUGUAACCAUCACAUAAACUGUUUUUUGUGUAAAGCAGUUACAAAACUAGAAGAUUAAUGAAGAGUAUUAUCUUCAGGGAUAAUGUGGUGGAAGUCUUUAUUUUUUAGUUGGUUAUUUAAUGUCCCAUUAUCAAGACUAUAUAGAGUUGAUGAUAGGGCGAUUAAUGAAUAUGGAGUGGUUGGUGGAAUAAGAAUUGGCAGGGAAAACCUGCCCAGUGCCACUUUGUCCACCACACAUCCCAUAUGACCUGAGAUCAAACCUGAGCCACUGCAGCAGGAAAACUUUUACCAGACUACACUUCAUUACAUCUGAGCAGGUAACAGUACUGGGCAUAGUCAGUACUAUAAGAACCUCAAAUCCAAGAGAUGAUAAUAAUUCUUUUACACAUUCCAUUUCAUACGUAAUACAGGAAGACUGUUUGCAAGCGGACAUUAGGACCGAAGAGCUGGACAUUUCUCCCAUCAAGUCAGUCUGAUCCGUAAUGUAUAAAUUCACUCCAUGGUUGCGUUGUCUAUAAACUCUCUAUACUACUUCGUAGCAUACAUUAAGGUAAAAUUCUAGGUAAAAGAACUGAUAUUGUACUGAGACAGGGUCCAUGCUGGUGCCUACACAGUCACGAAGACAAAUAGCAGAGUUCAGCCUUUUUUAAGAAUAACAUUUUAGCAUCUGAAACAUAUGUUGGAAUCAUGGCUGUCACUGCUAUGAAUUAUGUCUCUAGCCCUUCAAGUGCACCACAAAUAUACCUCACCAUCAGGCCCAUUUACUUUUAUAACUGGAUAAAUAUCUGCGUAUGUAACAUACUUAUCCAAUUUAUGACCUUGUCUUCCAGAAAUCUUAUGUUUGAUAGUGUUAUUAUGUAAUCUAUAUGAAAAUAAACCAUUUAAAACCUGA